UUUUUUUUUUUUUUCAUCAUCUUAUUAUUUGCUUUGUGUUAUUUCUGAAAUUAUUGUCCAAAGGUUAUGCGGUAAUAAUUUAACAUAAAAGCGUUGAAGAAUCUACACUUCUCUGUACACACAAAUACGUAAAUGUACGUACGUAGUUAAUCGUGUUUAAUUGCGGGACGAGCAUGAAGAGUUUUAAGUGAAUGGAAUGCUAGGCUAAUGUUUAUUACGCUAGAUAACGGCCGAGAAGUCUGAGUGAAAUCAUUUUUAAAUAAAUCUAUGUAAAUGAAAAUUAAAAUUUUUUUCUAAUUCGCAAUGUUUUAUUCUUGCCUCAAUAUGUGUGUAAAUUUUGGCACCUAUUUAGGAAAAUCUACGAAAUGCGUUGAAUCCGACGUAAUAUUUAAGUCUUGAGCCAUAAAAAAAAGGAGCUACAUAACUUAGAGAAUGCCACAAGUUUAUUAAAAAAAAAAAAACACACACAAAAACAUGUAUGCUAAACUAAUCAUAUAAAUGCGUCUGCAGUUUCUUUUCUGCUCAAGUUAACUUGACAAUCUAAUCGUUCGUGUUUAUAGCGUAUUAUUUUUUGUUUUAUUAACAUUCAUAUUCUGACACAAUACGAAUUUGUAGGAAUGAACGAAUUGAAUGAGUGAACAUAUGAACAAAAAUAAUAUGACAAGUUGAGUAGCAUUUAUUGCAUUACGCACGAGUUUGCCUGCCUUCCUUUGCCUACAUUUUCUAUAAAUAUAUUAAAUAAUCCUAAAAAAUGUAAUGAAUUUGCAAAAAAUGCAAAAUGCCCAUAAUAUCAUUGACAAUAUCUGGCAGCUACUGGAAAUUUUUGGUUACCAUUAAUAUAUUUAUGGUUGCAAUAACGAUGUUUACGUUAUUAGAUCUUGUCAGCAGAGGUGUAAUGGCGGACAUUUAUCAUAGAGGCUAUAAAACCGUUAAAUACCACCAAUUACUGAACGUAACUUGUAUAGCUCAUGAUGCCAAAUAUACUUGUGAUUGUGGCCACAUUAACCAGAUUAUGUUGUUACCUCGUUUAUUAGGUUCAGCUUAUCAUGUCGAUAUAAGUAACUGUAAAGCGCUGACAAUAAAUGCCAAUGCUUUAGGAGAUAUUCAGGGUCUACGUAAAAUAACCUUUAACAAUAUAAAUAACUUAAUACUAAAUAAAUAUGCCUUAGCAUUUCCUAUACAUGCCAGUAAUACGCCUUUGGUUCUUAGGUUUGAAAAGGUUAAUAUAGAAAUAAUUGAUUCACAUGCUAUAAAUGGUUUAAUUGAAGAAAUAACUUUUGUCGAUGGUCACAUAAAUACUAUAAAUCCUUUUGCCGUUACCAUACUCAAGGAUCAUGCUUUACUAUUAAAAAUGGAUAAUAUAUCAAUAAAUUGUAUUGAAUCACAGGCCUUUAAAAAAUUUGUUGUUGAACAAAUUGAUGUAAGAAAUUGCAAAUUCAUUAGCAGUGUGCCAUCGAAAGCCUUCUACGAGGUUGAAGUUCUUGACACUUUAAACAUCAUUGGUGUACAAUUCCAAGAUAUACAUUCAAGAGCAUUUUCAUUUAAAAUGAUCUCGAAGUUAACUUUAAUACAAAACAACUUCAAAAGCGUAGAUGCCGAAUGGCUAGAAGCAUUUAUUAAGGAAGCUGUUAGUAUACGUGAGAAUAAUUUUGGACAAACUAGUCAAAUAGCUUUUAAAGCUAUUAUGCUGCAUCGUGAUUAUGUGUCUAAUGAGAAAAUGGAAUUGCGUUUUAGCAAUAACAUCGUAAGUUUUGGCAACCAAAUACGUCCUCUGGACUUCCAGGACAUGUUUCAUUUAAAUAUUAAGCGUUUAUACUACGACAAUGAAUUUUCGUGUCAUGACGUCGAUGUUACGCAACAACCACCGCAACCAAAGUCUGUCUUCUUUCAGCAACACAAGGAUCAGUUAUAUUUUCGUUUCAACAGUAAUGCGGAUCAAAGUAGUGACUUCAUACUUCUAAGUCAAUUUAUAGCAACCGAAUGCCGUGAAUCGACCUAUUGGCUAUAUAUCGUGGCACCUAGCAUUGGUCUACUCCUGUUACUUAUAAUAAUAAUAAUAAGCACUAUCGUUCUUUUUAAACAAAAAACAAAGCGACAACAAUUAAAAAUUGAAAUUAUUAAACCGGAACAGCGCACCUAUAAAGAAACACAAAUUAUAUAUCAAAUAGAGAAUGCCGGCCUGUUAAAGACUGAUUUGUAAACAUGAUAAAAAUGUGGGGUUCGCUUUAGAACAGAACGUCUCGUAACACCGAAAAAAAAAGUAAGAAGAUUAUAGUCGCGCAAGGCCUGCACCACAUCGUCUAGUGGAAUUGCUCACUUGUUUUGGUAUUAGUACGCCAAAAA